UAAAUUCUCAACAGUGGUAAAUGAAAAGAAAACUUGUUGAGCAGGAAAGAACCACAUUAGAGAAAUAAGGUAGAGGAAAAAAGAAACUCACCACGUGUUUUUAUGGAUAACACUUAAAGAGUAUAUGGACACCGCGAUGUGCCGUCCAAAUUACACAAUAUCAACCAGCAAUUUGUAUCAUAAUAUGGUGGCUACUAAUGAAGAAGGAAGUAAAGUAGAACACGAAUCUGGUUAUGACAGGCAAAGGGUGCUUAAGCUUCUUGAUGAGUCCAAAGCAGGUGUGAAGGCCCUUGUUGAUGCCGGUUUGUUUAAGCUUCCAAGGAUCUUCAUUCAUGAAACUCUUAACACAUCUUCCUUUGCUACCAAUAACAAUGCUACUAUUCCAGUCAUUAACUUGGGAUCAAUGCAUGAGCAAGUUAGCUCACGGCUUGAGAUCAUUGAGAAGGUGAAAGAUGCUUGUGAGAAAUGGGGGUUCUUUCAAGUGGUCAACCAUGACAUUCCACAGUGUGUUUUGGAUGAAAUGCUUGAUGGGAUGCGCAGAUUUCAUGAGUACGAUCCUGAGGUGAAGAGAGAAUUCUAUUUACGUGAUAUUUCGAGGAUGGUGUAUUACAACACCAACAUGGAUUUGUACACAAGUCCUGCGGUUAAUUGGAGGGAUACACUCUCUUGUGUAUUGGCUCCAAGGCCUCUUCAUCCUCUCCAACUCCCUUCAAUCUGCAGCUGAUCACAAACAAUGAGUUUGUGUGCUCGAAGCACAGAGUAUUGGCUCAAAAAAUAGGUCUGCGAGUUUCGGUUGCAUGCCUUUUUAGACAGCAUCUUGAACCUGAGACUUCAAAAGUAUAUGGACCAAUAAGGGAGUUGGUGACAGAAGAAAAUCCUGCAAUGUACAAAGAUAUCACAGUGAAGGAGUUUGUUACGCACUAUUAUGCAAAAGGACUUAAUGGUGUCUCUGCAUUAGAACACUUCAAGCUAUAAUAAUAAUACAUACACACAAUUGAGAGUUUCAGCAUUUCCUCAAAUUGAGUACGAAAUAAGAACUCUGAAAUCCCUGAAGUUGUGUUCAUGUCUUCAUGAUAUAGAAAACUAUUAAGUUAUGUAACAGGCUACUUUUUUUUUUCUUGUUUGGGUACAAUUGUGACUUAUUACUUAAUUUAUGCCUAAUUUUAGAUGCGUUUGUGUUCA